GCGCGCCUCACUCCCGUAGUCCCGUCUCCCUAAAUCCUUAGCCUAACUCAGUGUCUCAGUCGACUAAAUCGCCGCAGCGCGCCUCGCCAGACCGGAGACCGGAGACCAGUCCCCCGGCUGCCUACUCCGCCGCCUCCAAGCCUCCGCGAACAGACGAAGAUUCUAAAUUCCCAGCCUGGCUUCUAUUGCUGAACUCAUUUCCAAAAGCCUUCCACUGAACUCUUCUCCCAGUGAAAUUCCUGCUUACAUACCAACAAAUCUUCGAAGCUCUACUCUUCCUUUCUCUUUCCGGUCAUGCGUACGUUGGCGGUGAGGUUAAGUACGCAUAUUUUCAGAAGAAAGGCAGUGAAUUUUCAACCCCAGAAGAAUUUUUCUGCAUCUAGCUACGGAAGAGAUGAAAGAUCCAUAGAAGAAGAGGCUGAAAGGAAAAUAGGGUGGCUGUUGAAACUGUUUUUUGCUGGGACUGCAACAGUUGUAGCUUAUCAGUUUUUCCCAUACAUGGGAGACAAUCUGUUGCAGCAGUCUGUGACACUUUUACAAGUUAAGGAUCCCUUGUUCAAAAGAAUGGGAGCGUCCAGGUUGGCUCGUUUUGCCAUUGAUGAUGAAAGACGGAUGAAAAUUAUUGAAAUGGGUGGAGCUCAAGAACUUGUGAAGAUGUUGGAGGCUGCUAAAGAUGACCGCACAAGGAAGGAAGCUUUAAAGGCUCUGUUUGCUAUCUCAAAAUCAGAUGAAGCUGCUGCGGUCUUGCAAGUCGGUGGAGCAAUAUCAGCUAUCAAGUCCAUCCCCGCUGGUUCCCUCGAGGAUGCUGAAGUUGAGAAGUACAAGUCAAAUUUGUUGAGUAGAUUCCAAGAUCUGAGAUAUGAUAAUGUUAGCUCUGAUCCUUAGAUGUAAUUUAUCUUGUUUCUAUUGCUUCCUUUUAGCCUUUAACUGAAAGAGUAGAAUGUUAGAUAUAUGUUGACUUUUCAGAUGUUGGUUAGCAGCCAGCAAAGUCAGUUUGUCAAAGGCUCCAAUAGCUUUGUAAUUUUAAUUAUGAUGUCAUAAGUACAAUACAUAAUUUUAUUUCAUUCA